AUGAAGGGCUUUAUUGGGCUCGUUCUAGAGAGGCUUCCCGUGCAAGACACCCACACCGUCACGGAGGCACCAGUCCGAGGCAUCCCUCCUCCACCCCCAGCCGUUACCGUCACCGAGAUCUGGCGCAUGCUCGAACGCGAAUUUGGGGAGUCGAGCGCAACGGUGUCAUUAACCACCUCACUAAGUUCGUCGGCACCCUUACGUCCGACUACCGCCAUGUGGGUGACCGACCACUUUAAGGUAAUGGGUACUCUACGGAACUGCAUCAACACUCAGAGCGUCAAGUGCUUCGGCGAGCCAAUUGUGUCGGAGGAAUUAGUGAGUGCUCUAUUUCUAUCGCUCCUCCCUCAGCAGUACUUUGGGUCCUCGGUAAAGUUUACCAAGGACUCAUUUACUAUGGACAAAGUGUUUCAGUUGGUACUGAACACAUUUUGGUCCAAAAGUAAGCGGGACAUUUUGUCCAUGUCAACCGGAUUUGGAAAAUCCCUAAAUAAGUCCGAAUUUCCGGUUGGCCAAAUUCUGGCCAAUGAGCGCAAGCGAAAACCGGAUGGCGGCUAG